GUAAGCCACGAAACUGUCAACUGGGGUAUCAGCAAGUUGGACUAUUCAUUUCAUUUUCAGAUUUUGGACUAAUAACAAGGCAAAUUUUAUUACCAUAUUCGUGAAACUCAAACGAUAAACGUUAUUUAGAUACAACUAAUUAAUUAUCAAUAAAAAUAAAUUAUAAAAAAAUUAAACAAAUAAUACCAUGUCAUCGCAAAACGUUAAACAAUUCACUCGCGCCGAAGUUGCCAAAAACAAUACCAAGGAAAAGAAUUGGUUUAUAAUCCACAACAACGUGUAUGACGUGACCGCUUUUCUCAACGAGCAUCCCGGUGGCGAAGAAGUCCUUAUUGAACAAGCUGGCAAAGAUGCUACAGAACAUUUCGAAGAUGUUGGUCACAGUUCGGAUGCCCGUGAGAUGAUGCAACAUUACAAAAUCGGCGAAUUGGUUGCCGAAGAACGUACAAAUGUUCCUGAGAAAUCUGAACCCACAUGGAACACUGAACAAAAGACCGAAGAGUCAUCAAUGAAGUCAUGGCUGAUGCCUUUUGUGUUGGGUCUUAUAGCCACUCUGAUCUACAAAUUCUUCUUUGGCACUAAAUCCCAAUAAUUGUAGUUAGAGAGAAAGAACAUCACCACCAGCCACAAAGAAAAUACGCACUUUAAUUUUGUAUAAUUAGUUGUGAAAUUAUCUUCUAAACAAACAAAACACUCACACAUAUACACGAGAACGCAUGUAUACCUUUCAUUCCUUCUUCUUUCAACUCAAUUGCUGGAUGAUUUCCAAAUGCAUUUAGGUACUUGUCCUCCUCCCUUCUUAAACAUGUCUGUUUUUCUUUUUUUUAUUUCCUUAUUGUAUUGUUUUAUUAAAUUAAUUAUUUGUUUUCAAUUUGUGUUGUACAAGAACAAAGAGUGCUCCUUAUAAAGUCUUUAAGAAUAGAAUUAAAAAAAUUUAUAGAAAACAAAAGAUAAUCUGCCUAAUGAUGAAAUGUAAUGCUUUUAAUAAUAGUUAAAUUGUUUACCCUUUACACACAAUCACCCACACAUACAUAUACACACACACACACACAAACAAUAUUUCGGUUAUAUUUUAAAUAUUUUAUAUUCUUUUUUGUUUUAGAUAUUUCUCUUGUGAUUUUUCUUCACAGAAUUAGGAAGUAACUUCUUCUUUGAAAGCAAAGAAAAAACAAAACAUAAAUUUGAUAACUAUAACAAUUUGUUAUAAGGAAAUGGGGAAUUUGUUUUUAUAUCCUUAUUCAACAUUCAUUUUUUUAUAAUUCUAAUUAAUGUAAAAAAGAUUAAAUAAAUAAAAAAUAUAUUUAAAUAAAUUAUGAAAUACCAA